CUUAUGUCUCUUAAUAACGUGCCUCCUAACUUAUCGCAUUUCGUUCUGUAGGCUUCACCUCUGCUGUUUGCUAUUCUAUUCAUUUUGUCUCAGACCGGGCCUCCACUAUCUGCCCUACCAAACUUUUUCUUUAGAGCGUUCACCUCGCAACACCUGCACUUCAGACCAUCUAUCUUUAUAACCUUGGCUUUAUUUUCCCUCCUCUUUCAACCCCCUGCGGCAUUCGGUUCUUCCCACUGACUCGCUCUGCUGCUUCUACAAAGGACGCACAGUUCCUUUCAUAACCUUGUUUUAUUCACCCAGCGGCCUGACCUCAGAUCCUCUCCGCGCUCCAGCAGCUUUACAACGCACCCCGUUCAGAGGAUCCCUUGCAAACCCAUCACGGACAGAAUGGAGCCCACCCAUUCCCCGACCUCGAGCGCAGAGUCCACUACGUCGGCGUCUGCUCCCACGGAUAAGCCCCGUAUCAAGAUGCAGCUCUACAAAACCGAGCCAUGCCAGAACUGGUCUCUCUACGGCACUUGCAGAUACGGAAAUCUGUGCAAAUUUGCCCAUGGAAUGACAGAGCAGCGUUCGCGUCUGAGGCAUCCAAAGUAUAAGACGUCGCUGUGCAAGGACUUCCCGCUUGGUAAGUGCACAUUUGGCAUGCGGUGCAACUUUGCCCACUCGCUCGACGAGCUGCGCAUGGGUACCUCUGCUGCACAAGGUGCUGGCCAGACCCAGAACCAGGUGGUGCUGCAAACCCCAAUCACCAUGCUGGCUGAUGGCCGUAUGCUGUCAACAUUCACGCCUGUGGCAGCCAACCAGGACAGCCAGUCGCCUGCGGCCGCCGCUGCUGCUGCCGCCGCUGCCAAUGCUGCCGCCAUGGCUGGGCAGUUGCGUCGCCAAACGUCGCUGAGCGUGCUGACCGGUGGUCAGUCCGCUGAGGGUCAGGCGAUCGGUCUAAGCCACGCUGCACCGACCAGCGCCACGACACCUCACCAGCAGUACGCACACCCAUCACCCAACUCCUUCACCGGAAUCCAGAUGCAUGGGUCAUCCAGUGAUGCCCCGCAGUCGUUUGCAUCGCAGCGCAACAUCUCGCAACCGCAGCAGCUGCAUUAUCUGCAUCAGGAACGCGUGAAUGUCGCCCGACGUGUCUCGUCGCUCUCACAGCUACCCACGUUCAAGUCGCCGCAACUGCACUCUGGGGCCUCGGUGGCCAGCCAGAGCUAUAUGUACAUGGCGCCGAACGCUUACCACGCCUCGCCGCUGUCCCACGUGCCGAUUGGCGGCUACGGCUCCCCGGCGCUCUCGUCACCCUCGCUCUCGCUACGUGAGUUCGAUGAGCAGCCCUCGGUGACUCCGGUGCAGUCCGAGCUCGGUGUUCUGGGUGAUGCGCCAUACGGUAUCGGCAGCUCGCAGCACUAUUGCCAGCAGCCGCGCCGUACGCUGACAUCAAGCAUCAGCAUGCAGUCGCUGCCACGCUACAAGAUGCAGACAAACUGGGACCAGCCCAUGCCUGCUGCGGCAAACGCGAGUUCCUCGUCAUUGCUGCAGCCUACGCUGGGCAGCCAGAUUUCUGGCUCAUCACUGGCCGACCAGGAUGUGUGGGGCAGCUCGGGUAGUACCUUUGGCGCUGAUCCAGUCGGUUUAACGCAGGAGUCACGGUUCUUUCCGUCUGGAUCCAGCUUGGGAACCUCGACGGCUAGCACCACAGCCAUUGGAAGCAUGUUCGGCAGCGACUCGCUUGGGAUCCACUAUCCGGCCGGCCAGCUGAGACGCCAGCAGUCAAAGGAGGACUGGUCAAGUAUGCGCCAAGCGUAUCCCUCCCCUGUUAACGCUGUAUCCACGGGAUAUUUCGCCGAAUCGCCCAAGGCCGAGAGCAGGUUCGCCUCGCUUAGAGCAGCUCCGUGCUGCCACUACCAGCCGCAAGCAAUUCCAGCCCUUCACCGACUCCUCCGCCCUAUGCCUGUAGUUGGUGCCCACCUGCUGCUUGAUAUGAAUUGUCGAGAGGGUCCACGCCUCAUUCUCUUUCUCCCUCCUUGCUUUAUUUUGCUGGGAACCAUCGGCUCUCGCAUCCCAGUGCACUCAAUCCGCCCACCAUGCCAUGAAGAAACUCUCAAACCACCGACUAACUACCGACCUGCUUCCCUCCCACGUCCGCUCUCGCAUUCCAUUCUGCGUUGACCGCAUCCAGCUAGGCGCUGAUACCUCUCCCCUCUUACCUGUCAAUUUACUCCCUACUCCCUUCCCCUAUACAUAUUUUAACGCCCUUAUAUCCUUUUCUAGCCCCCUUUCAGUUAGUCGUGUAUUCUCGUAGCGCUUCUUCUUUGCCCAACCCCUCGACCUUGUUCAAGGGUCAUUGGUCUUGCCCUUGCCAUUGUCGUUUUGUUGGCUUCAUCUGCCUCCAAGCGACUAGUCCCCUCUCUUUCCUACUAUCCCUCUUAUCCUUGAUCUUUAUCUUCUUUUGCUGUAAUACAUCCCAAUUCAUUUUGCAGACA